AUGGCCAGCGCUCACCCGACCUCCAUCCUCUCGCUCCCCAUCUCGCCACGGGCACCCAUCUACCACCUCCCUCCCGACCCGCUCUUCCCCUCGACGAAAUCCCUCCUCGACCUCGGCAAGUACGAUGCACCCGAAGACCUGGGCCAGAACGGGCCGGUCGCACUCAAGGCGGGCGACCCUGUCCCCCCGAGCAUGUUGAGGAGGUCUCGCCAGAUUCGUUCAGGUGGCUGCUUCACCUACACUUCGCCACUUCCCAUCGAGUUUCCCUACAACAUCCGCGAGGAGGGCGCGGGAGACGCGGCGGACACGAAACCGUCGACUAUCGAGACUCAACUCGCUUCGUACGAGAUCUCGACGAGCUUGCCAGUUUGGGACGCUUCGCUCCCGCCGAACAAUGGAGGCGCGCCUGCGACGGCGUUCUCGUCGGAAAAGAGGGAGUCGCCGGCGUACCCCAAGGCGAGGCUGUUGAGCGUCAGUCGCGGACUGUUGAGAGACUGGCUGCCGGACCUCGAGCUGGGCAAAUCGGAGAAGGAGGGAGGCGACGAGGAGCAGCAGAAGAUCAGGCAGCAGUUUGUGGAUGUCGUCGCGGGGAAGACGGUCUUGGCGAGGGAGCCGUCGGAGGCGGAAGACGACCUGGUCAAGGCGAAAGGAUUUGCGCCGUGGUCCCUGUGCUACGCGGGACACCAAUUUGGCAGCUUUGCAGGCCAACUUGGGGAUGGACGAGCUAUUUCGAUUCUCUCGACACCUCCGACGCCCGAAGUCGCAGCCAAGACAGGCUUCCAAGCCAUCGAACUCCAGCUCAAAGGCGCCGGCCGGACGCCUUACUCCCGCUUUGCCGACGGUCUCGCCGUCCUGCGCUCCUCGAUCCGCGAGUACCUCGGUGCUGAAGCUGUUGCGGCGCUCAAGAUCCCGACUUCACGCGCACUUGCGCUCGUCCACAUGCCGUCGGUCAAGGUCAGGCGCGAGAUAAUGGAGGACGCGGCGAUUGUUACGAGGGUCUCGGGUAGCUGGAUCCGUAUCGGCAAUUUUGAGCAGCAGGCCUACCGCGAAGAAUACGACUCGCUCCUCGCUUUGAGCCAUUACGUCGCACACGAAGUCUUCGCCUUCUCCGACUCGAACCCCGCCGGCGUCGGACCCUCGCGCAGUCAGGCGCUCAACAUCGUUCGCGAAGUCGCAAGGCGAAACGCGCUCACUGUCGCGGGUUGGCAGACGUACGGGUUCAUGCAUGGCGUUAUGAACACGGACAACAUCGCUGUGAACGGCGCGACAAUCGACUAUGGUCCUUACGCGUUCAUGGACAUCUUCGACUCCGAGCACAUCUGCAACCACUCUGACGACCUCGGGCGCUACCGCUUCUCGAAUCAGCCGACCAUGAUGCUCUUCGCCGUGCACAAGCUGGGCGAAGCGCUCGCCGAGCUGAUCGGCUGCGAAGUCGAGAUGGCGGAGAAAGACAAGGACGGGUCUGGGUUUGUUGAGGCGCAGAAGGGGUGGGCUGAGGGCGGGCAGGCGGAGAUGGAGCGGUGGAAGGAGCGCGGGACGGAGGAGGUGAACAAGGUCAAGGCGGACUUUGUCGAGAUCUUCCGAGCGGAGUAUCAGAGGCAGAUGCGGCUGCGCCUCGGCUUGACGACAGCGGACGACGGCGACUUCAAGCUCGUCUCCAACUGGCUUGACCUUCUCUCCGAGCACGAGCUCGACUUCACCCGCUCGCACCGCCUCCUCUCGCAGUUCACCUCGACCAGCGAUCCGACGUUCCAGCGCUUGCUCGACGCGUUGAUCCCCUCCGCCUCCUCGUCCACCUCGACCGCGCGCGACAGCCUCACGACCUGGUUCAAGCUGUAUGAGGAGCGCCUCGCGAAAGACGGGUCGGACGCCGCAUCCGACCGCCGCGCGAGGAUGGACGCCGUCAACCCGCGCUUCACGCUGCGCCAAUGGGUCCUCGAAGAGACGAUCCAGAAGGUCGACAAGUCCCCCGACGAUGGCGGGAUCGAGCAACUCGAGCGCGUGCUCGAUAUGGCGCUCAAUCCGUUCGAGCGGUAUGGCGAGCCGGAGGUCAAGGAGGGCGAGACUGAUCAGGGUGUUUGCCCGACAAAGGAGGAGACGGAGAGGGCGAGGUUGUGUGGGACUGGACCGCGUGACUUCCUCGGCUUCCAGUGCUCGUGCUCGAGCUAG